UCUCGGUACAGUUUGAUUGUUCGUUUAGUACUGUGGAUAACGACUUCAAGCAAUUGAAUAGAAUGGCUUUCAAGUUUCUGACUUUCUGCGCUUUGGUGGCUGUAGCACGUGCUGGAGUCAUCUCCGGUCCAGCUGUUACGACUUAUCAAGCUGCUGCUCCCUUGGCCAAAACGAUCUCCUAUUCUGCUCCAGCGUCUUUGGCUUAUGCAGCUCCGAUCGCCAAGACCCUCGUGGCUGCCCCACUGGCCAAGGCUGAUGAAUACGACCCGAAUCCAGAGUAUUCCUUCUCUUACGGAAUCUCCGACGCCCUAACCGGAGACCAGAAGGAACAGCAUGAAUCUCGCAGCGGAGAUGUUGUCCAGGGAUCUUACUCGCUGGUUGAGCCGGACGGUUCCAAGCGUAUCGUUGACUACACUGCCGACCCAGUCCACGGAUUCAACGCUGCUGUUCGCCGUGAAUCGGUUGCCGUCAAAGCGAUCGCUGCUGCCCCUGUAGUUGCCGCCAAGACCGUCAUUGCCCAACCAGCUUUGGCCUCUUACUCCGCUCCACUUGCCACCAAAACCAUUUUGGCCCAACAACCUACCUUGUACCAUCACUAAAAUGCAUAAUAGGCAUACGAAUUGUUGCUCAUUGCAUGUAGCUGUUAUGACUGUUAUAACUGAAUGAUCUAGAAUAAGAGGAUUUUUGAAAAGCAUGUUCCAUGUUUUAAU